AUGGCAAAUGAAAUACUAGAUCCAAUCUUUAAAUUUUACGAUCCGAUUCGUUAUUCAUUUAAUAAGAAAAAAGAGGAUUAUAUUAUCAUCUCACCGACUGUUGGUUCUAAAUCCCAGUUGAAUGAUGGUGGUAGAAUUACCUUCGAAAUAAAUUCAUUAUCGAAUUGGUUGCUUCUUUCCUAUGCUUAUUUCAGAUGUGAUUUCAAAAUUAAAGAUGGAACUCCCAAUGAAAAUCUUGAACCACAAACUAAUACAACAUUAGAAAACAAUUUCUUUCCAUCUUUAUUUAGCGAGAUGGUUUUGGAAGCUGGUUCAAAUCCGAUAGAAACAAUUAAACACCCUGGGGAAUUCGACACAAUGUUGAAAACAGUUUUAUAUCCUAAAGAUUUCGAUUCAGUCUCAGGUUGGAUACCCGAUGUUGGAGAUGGAAGUGUUUUAAAAGAACCGGUAAGAAAUCUUGCAAAUGAUGCUGAUUUAGCUAGAGUGAGAGUUGUUGCUCGAAACACAAUAGAAAGAGUAGCACGAGCAGCUAAUCAUGGAUUUGAAAAACGAGUACUUCAGUAUAAUAAUGUUGUUGAGAAUAAAAGGUGGGGUAAUUACGUAAAUUGGAAAUUAUAUCCUUUAUUCGGUCUGUUGGAACACAGAAAGGUUUCUUUAGGGUUACCAUAUAAAAUUCAUCUACAAAGAGAAAUCAACGAUGAUAAGAUAUUCUUUGGAGAGAAUGCUUUAAAUGCAAAAUUAGAAAUAACGAAUCUCCAACUUUUCAUACCCGUAAUAACACCAUCAAUUGAAGUAGAAACGAGAAUAUUCAACUCAUUAACUAAAGAUAUUGAAAUAGCUUUUCUUCAUCGUAAUACGGUAGGUAGCAUGACUUUAACUGGAGAAUCCACCACAUGGCCAAUCACUAACACUAUUAAACCAGCAAGAUAUUUAAUGGUUGGUUUCAAAAACUUACCAGAUUCUCAAACGAAUAACAAUAAUGUCUUCAGAGUGGCAAUGAACCAAACUCAAGAUCCUUUAAUCCAUAAGUUCAAGUAA